CAUGAGUAUGCUGAAACUGAGCUCCAGCUGUCGAUCUUUGACUCCAAAGAGAGCACGUGUCUUGGCGGCACUUGGCGGUGUCUUGGCGGGUGUGCACAUGCUAGAGGCCACGCGCGCUAAAGCUGUUUGUUUUGGUUGGGGUAGAUGGGAAGUGAGCAUAGUAUUCCUGAAAAGGUUCCUUCCUCGGGAAACAGCCCAACACCACCGUGAGAAAAUAAUUGGAUUGGUGCGUGAAGCACUUACAGUGUCUGGCAUUUCCCCAGAUAAGGUAGAUGUAGUUUGUUAUACCAAAGGUCCUGGAAUGGGUGCUCCUUUAAUUAUGGUAGCACAAACUAUAACACAGAUAUGGAAUAAGCCAAUUAUUGGGGUGAACCAUUGUAUUGGUCGUAUCCUUUUCUUAGUCAUUUGUCAUUUG